ACCAUCGUCUCCGAGAGACAUACAUAUAGACUUGCUUCAAUACCGUGAUCAUUCUGGAAAUAGACAACAAUGGCCGAAGAAUGGAAGGAGGGCCCAGCAAUAGGGAUCGAUCUCGGGACGACAUACUCGUGUGUGGGAGUGUGGCAACAUGAUCGAGUAGAGAUAAUAGUUAAUGAUCAGGGAAAUAGAACGACGCCGUCUUAUGUUGCAUUCACCGAGAAAGAGCACUUGGUCGGUGAUGCCGCCAAGAACCAAGUCGCCAGGAACCCUACUAACUCCGUUUUUGAUGCAAAGCGGUUGAUUGGAAGGAGAUUCAGUGAUCCGUUGGUUCAGAAUGAUAUCAAUCUCUGGCCAUUCAAGGUCAUUGAAGGUUCUAAAGACAAGCCUAUGAUCGUGGUAAGUUAUAAGGGUGAAGAUAAACAAUUUGCUGCGGAGGAAAUCUCAUCGAUGGUCCUAAAAAAGAUGCGUGAGAUUGCCGAGGCCUAUCUGGGCAAGUCGGUGAAAAAUGCAGUUGUUACCGUCCCGGCUUACUUCAACGACGCUCAGCGUAAGGCCACAAUGGAUGCCGGUGGCAUUGCGGGCCUCAAUGUCAUGCGGAUCCUCAAUGAACCAACCGCCGCUGCAAUUGCUUACGGCCUUGACAAGGUGGGUAGAAUUGGCAAGAGAAAUGUAUUGAUCUUUGAUCUGGGUGGUGGUACUGCAGAUAUCUCACUUGUUACCGUUGAGGAGAAUAGUUUUGAAGUGAAGGCGGUUGCUGGAGACACACACCUUGGGGGUGAGGACUUCGACAACAGAAUGGUUAACCACUUUGUUCAAAUAUUUAAAAGGCGGCACAUGAAGGACAUAAGAGGAAACGCCAGAGCUCUAAGAAGGUUGAGAACUGCUUGUGAGAGAGCAAAGAGGAUUCUCUCGUCUGCAAUUGAGACUACCAUUGAAGUUGAUUCUUUGUAUGAUGGUAUUGAUUUCAGCUCAAAUAUCACCCGUGCCAAAUUUGCAGAACUCAACAUGGAUUUAUUCAGGAAUUCGAUAGAGCUUGUGGAGAAGUGUUUGACUGAUGCUGAGAUGGACAAGGAAAGUGUGCAUGAUGUCGUUCUUACUGGUGGUUCUACCAGAAUUCCCAAGGUUCAGCAGCUGUUGCAGGACUUCUUUGACGGGAAGGAGCUUAAUAGGAGCAUUAACCCGGAUGAAGCUGUGGCAUAUGGAGCCGCUGUUCAAGCUGCAAACUUGACUGGUAUGGGUAAUGAAAAAGUACAAAACGUUGUGCUCUUGGAUGUGACCCCCCUUUCCUUGGGGGUACGUGCUGGCGUAGAUAAUCUGAUGUCUGUUGUGAUUCCAAGGAAUACCACCAUUCCCAUCAAGAUGGAAGAAGACUAUACCACCCUCUACGACAACCAAACAAAUGUUUUGUUCUCGGUUUACGAGGGUGAGAGAGCAAUAGCUGAGGAUAAUCACUGGUUGGGAGAAUUUACACUUCAGGGUGUCCCUCCAGCACCCAAGUGUGUUCCUAAGCUCAAAGUAUGUUUUGAUAUCGAUGCCAACAGUGUCUUGAACGUUUCUGCUGUGGAAGAGAGCACUGGCGUGAGUUGUAGCAUCACUAUCACCAAUCACAAGGCAAGACUUUGCAAGGAAGAGAUUAAUAGGAUGGUCGUGGAUGCAGAGAAAUACAAGGUUGAAGAUGAUGAGCGUAGAGGGAGGGCUAAGGCUAAGGAAGCUUUGGAGAACUAUGUCUACAGCAUAAGGAACAAUAUUAAUGAUAAGAAGAUUUGUGCCACGCUCGCCGCUGCUGGUAUGGAGAAGAUUGAAACUGCUAUAGACGAGGUGAUUCGGUGGUUAGAUGACAUCCAAUUUGCAGAGGCAGCUGAGUUUGAGAACAAGCUUACGGAGCUUGAGUUAAUCUGCAAUCCGAUAAAUGCAGAUGCGUUGUGAUAACAAAUAAGUUAUUGAAUAGCUCCCCUCAACCAAAUAGACGACUGUAAUGGAUACCAAGUCUGCCGUAGCUAGAGUUCCAGCGAAGUUGCCAUGGCUCGAUGUUUUCUGCUUUUAUUUUUUACGAACAUUUCGUUCUGGUGUGUUUUAAUUUUUCUGUUUUAGUUGAGAUCCUAUUCAGUUGAAUGAACUUAAGAAAAAGAAACGUUAAGUUGGUCCUUAA